CGCACAGCCGAAUGGGAACGCCUGUCUGAUAGUGACAUUGGAUCUGCUGUGUUCAUGGGUGCCUGCAGAAAUUUAUCCGGGGCCAUUUGAGAUAGAAAAGAGUUGUUCAAAUUAUUUGCGUACGGUGUGCCAGUUUGUUGCUAUACCUACAUUCUUUAACAACAUUUGUGAAAAUGGGACUUGCAGGGAAUCACUUACGUAUCUCGCGUUUAAGAAUAACCAAUGUCACGGAUUAUAAGUCAAUUUUCAUCGACGUUUAGAGAUUGAUGAUGGUGCAGGAUACAAGUACGUGGCAACAGAAUUUGACAAGAAACUUGAAGAACUAUCAGAAAAAGAGACUGGUCUGAGUGGUGAUGAAAUUACUAUCCUCCUCCGUGUUUUAACAAGAGCCACACUUGCUAUAAAGCGUUUCCAGAAACUUCUGCAUUGUGUUGUGCCAGAGACAAUUGUGCAGAAAGAACACAUACAAACUGUUGUCUUCUGGAUGCUCGCGAACCACGUAUCUGAACCACCUAAAAAGAGUGUUGCUGUCCUCCAGUGGCUCAUUGCUUUGCUGGAGAAUGAGCUCGCAGACAGACGAACGAUUGACAGCUUUUAUCAUCAAAUUUAUUUUCUAACAUUUAUUGAAAGUCUGGCACGGUGGGCUUCUAAAAUUGUAUAUCUGUUGACUACACCAGAUGACAUUACAAGAGCAAGGGUUGUAAGAUUAUUGAGCAGCCGGCUCAAACAGCCACGAGCACACCACAUCGAUGCGUUACUUGGCUUAUUUAAGUCUUUUCGUCCAGAACUUGUACCAGAACGUGUUUCAACUGUACAUACCCAUACAGCCUUUGGAAGAAUACCUGCUAAGCUGUCAGAGGCUGUAAAUAAGCGUAUUAGUAUACACAGAGCAGGUGUUGCAGACCCAAGGAAAGAAGUUAAUCAUCAGACAGAUGCAGAACAUGUCACACUGGAUGAUGACAGUUCUGACAGUGAAUCCAGUUAUCCUAUUCAAAAGGUUAAGAGGAAGAGGAAAAGUGACACUCUUAUUCCACCACCAGUGUACAUCUCUGUAGGAUCAAAAAGCUAUAGCAACAGGGGAGAGUUAACAGUGGACUAUUUCAGAUCGUUGGAGCCUUUGGCACUAUUUGAGCUGUCAGUGGAGACACCUAAUGUGACAGUAUCAUUGCUUCGGAGUGAACUGGGCAGACAUAUGCUAACGUUUCACCAGAAUACUCUCCUUUUUUGCUUCAGUUAUCAACUCCACAACAUACUUGAUGAAGCGUUUCUGAAGUGUCGAAGAACAUACCCGCUCCAGGAGAAACGACUACUGCUGAAAAACAUGGCAGCUCUUCAGGAUUACGCACAUCAACCAGUAUCCGUUGUGUCCUUAUUUGUGAAGAAGUACCUUUUGUUAUGGGAAAGUGGACUAUUUGUGAAACAGGUUCUGAAGCUGAUGUACUGGCUGCAGUUCAGUUCCCACACAGAAUUGCAGCAGGAUUAUCUGUCACCCCUCUAUAAUUUGUUUAUGUCAUCAUCAGUGAAAGUAAAGUGUGCAAUCAUCAGGACUUUAGCACAGCUUUUAUCAAACUUGAUGCUUGCUCGGCACUACAGAGACCAUUGUGACUUGUUUUUACAUGUAAUUCCUGAAUGGAAUCCUAAAAGAACUUACAUGUGCAUUCUGAAGUUUGCGUCGUACAUGUUUGGCCAAGGGUUUUCUCAAGGAGAGUCCACAGCGAUUUUACUGCCAGAAGUCCUCAUGUUCUAUGAGAAGGUGCUGACUGCCAUAGAAGUAACACACACCCAACUGUGUGUCUUACCACCACGUGGUCUACUUUUAGGAGCACUCUCAAGCUAUGAUGGCACAGUUCUGUCAAGAGUUUGUCAGCUGCUGACAAGAUGCAACAGUGCUGUCACAGAAAAAUCUUCGCCAGAGAUGAAGGAAUAUUUUGAGGUAGUGUCACAAACAUUGAAACAAUAUAAUGCUGAAAUGCACCAUACACUCAAAGGAGGUAUUUUUCCAGCAGGUGGUGGGAUCUUCAGCAAAUGGAUAAAAAGGGGAAAUUUUAAAACGUUCUCAGUGAAACCAAUCAUUCUGGAAGUUAGACAGCAUCCAGCAAUAACUUCUGUUAUGUGGCCUAUUCUGAACCAGCAGUCUGCAGAACAUCAGGUCAGCAGAAAAGAAGUGGACGAUUUGUCUACAUUACGGAAUCACCUGCCUUAUGUAUACAAUUACUUAAUGAAGCCAUAGGAAAAGUUUGUCUUCAUACAAGCUGCUUUUAUUGAAGAGUCACAUCUGUGUGGAGCCCAGAAUGUGCUUGUGACUGACAUGCAUUUGUGCAUGCAACUUGUGUAAUACUGUUGUACACUACAUUAGUGUGUUUGUGUAAGACAAUCAUGUGAAAAAAAAAAGUUGCAAUGAUGAAUUAUGCUUUGGAAAAUAUCAUCUUGGGACUAUAUAUAAUGGUUUUACAUAAAUAUGUAAUAGUUGACAAAGUUAAGAACAUCAUUUUAAUCUAAAAUUAUAACUGCAAAAAUGACCAAUAUGGUUACUUUACUUCAAGUAAUAUUUAUUCAUGUGCAUAUGAGGCUAUGAAACUUGGCUUGUCCCAUCUUAUACUCUUGUGAUAAUGUUGUGUUCUGUAUUAGUGUGGUAUACGAUUCAUUUUUGUAGACAAUCAUGUGAAAAAAGGUCUGUUAACUACAUGGAAA